AUGUCUUUAAGCGGGCGCUCUCAAGUCCAAUAUGGAGGCGACAAGCCCCAAUUUGCUCUCAAGGAACUGAAGGUCCCAGAAAUUGGCGAUCAAGAAGUACUAAUCAAAUCUUCUCACGUCGCUCAGAAUCCUACAGACGUUCAAUCAUUCGAUGGAAAUGCUUUCGGAGAUGGAACAGUACUAGGUUGCGACUUCGUUGGCAAAGUUGAGGAGAUUGGGAAGAACGUAUCCCGGUACAAGAAAGGUGACACCGUCGCUGCUCUUAUUUGGGGUGGCGAAGUCAAAGGACACGGGGCUUACAGCGAAUACACAAUCGCCAACGAGCUCAUCAGCUUCGAGGUGCCUGGAUCAAUAUCUCCUGAAGCCGCCGCCACGGUCCCGCUAGCAUGUUGCACGGCGUGGCUCGCUCUUCUGUCCAAGGAUUGUUUGGGUAUUGACCGAAAGAGUGGCAAACAAACUUCCGUCCUGAUUUGGGGCGGAAGCUCAAGUGUGGGACUCUAUGCCAUUCAGAUCGCACGUCAACACAACUUCAACAUCGUGACUGUUUGUUCGCCCAAGCAUCAUGAUAGAGUCAAGUCCCUUGGUGCGGACCACGUCUUCGACUACAAGUCAGAUGAUGUUGCAAAUCAGAUCAAAAGUGUUGCACCCAACAUCCAAUACAUCUUCGACACCAUCGGCGACAAGUCAAGCUCUGCUACAGCAUCGUAUGCUCUAGGCGAGGAGGGUGGUACGCUGUGCACAGUACGACCAGGCAAGGCGAAUACCGAGGACGUAUCAAGCCAAACCAAGGUUACCGAUGUACUGGUUUGGACGGCAUUCCUGAAGGAUCAUCAGUACAAAGAUUUCAAAUGGCCAGCGAAUCCAGCCGACCACAAGCUGUCGGUCGAGUUGUUCGAGAACUUGCCACUGUGGCUUGAUGAUGGGACAAUCAAGCCAAACGAACAUAAGUUGCUGAAUGGACUGGAGAAGGUCCCCGAAGGUUUCCAGGAGUACAGAGAUGGGAAAAUCAGUGGGUAUAAGCUCGUGUACGCUUUAUAG